AUGCACAACUACCCUCCACGCAAUAGCCAAUCAUUAAAACUGAACAACUGGAUGACACUCAACAGGAAGGUUCUCAAGAAGCUCAAGCUGAAUUUGUGCUGCAACACUAUGGAGCAACUCGCUAACAACACUCCUGGCGUUAUUGAGAGGGUACUCCUAAUGGUGCGUGACAAGAUAAGAUGCGACGAGGAUGCAAACAGGAGUAUGAAGGAAAACGAGCAGAAUUUAUCUAGCGGAGGCAGUUACUAUGAGGCAUGUGGGGAUGAUGGCCAUCACGUGGCGAUAAACUUACCUGAUAUAAAAUUUUAUGAUAUAGAGCAUGUACUGGUUGUACCACUAAAGACCAGAGUAAAUGGAGUUUUUGAGACUGUACAGCAGAAAGUCGUCAGCCAUAAUUCUUAUCUGACGUUAAAGGAAGAGCUCAAGGAUGCGAAGGAGGUCGUCGAUGUUCUCAAGCAAAAGGUGGAUCAUCUUGAUAGUUUGUUGAAACUAAAAGAUGAAAGAAUAGAAGAAUUACAGAAGCAAUUGGAGAGGAAACAAACAAGACGUAAAGAAGUAGAAGCAUUGCAAAACAGUUUAUCAGUACCUUUUGAUACUUCUUUACCACCAUCUCCAAAAGAGAAGGACGAAGUUCUCAUACUCCCCGUUAAGAUUGCAUCAACCAAAGUUUUAGAUGUUUCUAAAAUUCCUAGACUUGAGGAAUCAAAAAUACCCAGGUUAGAAUUGGUCAAAUCAGUUUCAAAACCUAUAAUUGAUAUGAAUAAAGGUGAAUUCGUUGAUGAACCAAAUUGGCGAAUUGACAAAAUAAAAAUAGACGACUGUAAAGAAAUAGAAAUUAUUGAAAUGAAAGGCAAGAAUUUUCAAGAUUUGGAAGAAUUUGAAGACAGUUUAGGAGAUGUUGGAGAUGAGAUAAUAAGUGCGGAGUCUAUGAAUAAUCAAGAUGUUGUUAAUAAUUGUAUAGAAAAUGCACCCGAAGUUAAUAAUUUAAAUUAG